CUUCAUAUAUUCGAGUUUUGCUUGUUUGUGGAGAAUACACUCAGUCCUAACCCUGACAGUGUGUUCAGAUAGAAGUCGUUUCGCCUCAGCACUCAGACCCUACAGCAAGUACAAUGGUCGGGUGAGGGAGACGUGUUAUGGCCAUGAUACUCGGCGGUGCCUGUGAUGUCCACCCGCCUUUUGUACGGGUAGUAAUUGGAGACGAUUGGCCGCUAGCAUUCCGCACGGCGUGUACUCCUACCUUCCCUCGCACGGGCGAUACCACUCACUUCACUCAGGUAGGAAGACUUUGGCGACAACAAUAAUAAAAGGUUUAUACUUAGCUUCGAAGCCAGAUGCUUUCAUUUCAAAGGUGGUCUGGUCGGAUAAGAAACGAUUGCAGCGCAUGUCAUUGGAUUAAAAAUAGUUUAUAUAUUUUUUAUCUCUGCAUUGGCCAUUGUGAAGCUAUUGUAAAAGGAAAUCCAUUUUGUGGAGGAACAGAGGUCAUUCAAAAAUAAAAGUAGGCGGUCUGCCGAGCCUUGCCUCGUUCCUGCAUUUCACUGAGGUGUGCGUCAGACGCCACGCGCGGAACGUCAGACGCCAGCGAGCCGCAGCACGAGGUACAGAGGCAGUUAGACUAACCCUGACUGAAGCAAAUCACAUAUUCCACUGCAGCACAACGAGUGUUUUAUCAUCCUCACAGAGUGCUAGAGAGUUUACAGCUUGUCUUAAACUCAUGUAAACUUCUUUAAGUGACUGUCAAAUGGAGAUCAGCUGUGCGAUGGACUGGCUUUUGCCUGCCUCUUUAUUCUUGCUGGUUGUCCUGCUCGUGUACAUGUAUGGCACGUGGACGUUUUCAACAUUUACCAGGUGUGACAUACCAGGACCAACCCCGGUCCCGUUCCUCGGAAACCUGAUUGAGAUUCGGAAGAAGAACAUCUUCAACGCUCUGCUCGACUGGAGUAGACAAUAUGGAAAAACUUUCGGAUGCUUCUUCAUGAGGGCGCCAGUGCUGCUGACCACUGACUUGGAUAUCCUGAAGGAAGUCUUUGUGAAAGAUUUUUCCAACUUCACAGAUCGCGGCGACGUCAUCGCACGUCCAUCUCUCUACCCGGCCAACCUGUCUGUGGCUGGGGCCAAGGGCGACACAUGGCGGCGGCUACGUCACACUAUGACGCCGACGUUCAGCACUGGCAAGCUGAAGCUGAUGAAUCCUUCUGUCAACCGUUGCUGUGACAGCCUAUCUCAGGCCUUACAGAGACACACAGAAAAGCGACAACUUGUGGACGUCAAGAGAGUAUUUGGAGCAUACACCACAGACGUCAUCGCUGGAACAGCGUUCAGUCUGGAGACCGACUUCCAGACAAACGAGAAUGAUGUUUUUAUGCAGGCAGCCAUCAAUCUCAUGAGAAAAGCAACCAGCAUGACCUUACUUUCUUUAAUUAUUACAUUUUUUCCAUGUAUUGAGCGACCCUUGAGAUUCUUCCAAAUUUCUGAUGCACGGGAAGAUGCCAAACUUGUCAUACGUGUAAUUAACAACCUCAUAGAGGAAAGGAAACAGAGUGGACAAAAUGAACAUGUAGACCUUCUUCAGCUCUUGCUGGACUCAGAAGCUUCAGAAGCCGACAUUGCCGCCAAGCCCCAAGACAGACAAAUGACAAAAGAUGAAAUCAUCGCACAAUGUAUUACCAUCUUUCUGGCUGGCUACGAAACCACGGCGGCGACCUUACAGUACAUGAUCUACUUACUGGCCGUCAACCCUGACAAGCAGGAGAAACUCUACGACGAGAUCAUCACAACUAUUGGCGAUGAUACAGCUACCUAUGAGAAUGUGAUGAGCCUCAAAUAUCUGGACAACACUCUUAAAGAAACGCUGCGAUGCUUUCCACCGAUCCCAUUCGUAACUCGCAUUGCAGCCGAGACGAGAACAAUUAAAGAUGUCACAAUCCGAGCUGGAACGUCUGUCGGUGUUUCCAUCUGCUCCAUCAUGCAAGACGACCAGAUCUUCCCUGAGCCCAGCAAGUUCCUUCCGGAGAGGUUUGACAACGAGGACAUGCCAACCCUGAUACGCGAGUUGGCCUUCGGGAUGGGUCCUCGUCAGUGUAUCGGCAUGAGACUGGCGCUGUACGAGGCCAAGAUGGCCGCCGUCACCAUUGUCCGACGGUUCAAGUUUAUUAAGGUGCCGGAGACCCCUGAAAUGAUCACGUUCAGUACCUCAGCAAGGUUUUCCUCCCCUGAUAAACUAAUCUUCGUGGGGACUGAACUACGCAACAGUCAGUGAGAGCUCCCUCCUGGUUUAACUGAAGGAUGUAGCAGAGAUGGUGACGUCAUGGAAAGAGCUUAGCUUACCUUCACAAAGACGCUUACUUACCUGCUUAACGUCCGUGUGCUGUGAAGAAAUGUCAAAUACAAUAUAAUCCCUGGUAUACUAAACCGAUAAUAGUGGUCAAACCAUAUAUUGUUAUUAUUAAAUUAUUAUUACAUUAUUAUGCCAGACUUUGCUUUAGUCUAUAAAGUAUUCAGUAAUAAUUAUAAACUUAUUCAUAAAAUUCCUGACGCUUGUAUGUUUCGCUGACUUUUUUCCUGCGCAUAAGUUUUUUGUUGUAAUUUUGGUUCACAUGCCUUGUGUACUUGAUUGAGAACAUAAACGGGUUAGUGCAGUUAAAGAGAAUGGGUCUCUCAUCUAUGGCUUACUAUCCUGUUUAGCUACUGUAAAUGAUAGCAGAUAUAUUAAAUAUACCAGCUUCACACUAACAAACUUUCUUAGUUUUUAAAUUGGAUGAUUGUAUGGGUGUGUGGGAUGUGACUGCAUGCUGCUUACCUCAUUGAUGAAGUCGUUUAGCUUAUGUACUUGUAACGAUUCGCGAUUCAGGCGAGUCUGGUUAGAUUCCCAUUUAUUUUUAAUUCUCCUUGUAGUCAGGGAAGAGCAGUCGCGCGAGCCGCGUCAGCUCUCAUUCUUUUACGUCAUGUAUGAAAUGACGUAAUUGAGCUCGACACAGCGUAACUAGAACGACGGUAGUCAAUGGAGGGAGAAGCCACGCCGACCCUGUAACAUUGUACUGAU